AUGAAGCCAGUCUUAACCAACUGUCUACAGCAGUUUGGGAAGGACAAAAUUAACGCUGGUCAUGGGGAUGACAGAAAGAUCAAGUUACUUGAUGCAAAAGAAAUAUUGCUGUUGGUCAUAAAUAUACCCCAGAGGAGUUUUGGGAUUGAUUAUGGCUGCAAGUGCUUUGUCAAGGAUGGGAAACCUUUCCGUUACAUCUCAGGUAGCAUUCACUACUCACGGGUUCCCCGAUAUUACUGGAAAGAUCGCUUGUUGAAGAUGAAGAUGGCAGGGCUUGAUGCCAUUCAAACGUAUGUGCCAUGGAACUAUCAUGAACCCCAGCCAGGCAUAUAUGAUUUCUCUGGUGACAGAGAUUUAGAGUAUUUCCUGCAGCUUGCUAAUGAAACUGGCUUGCUGGUGAUCCUGAGAGCUGGACCUUACAUCUGUGCAGAAUGGGACAUGGGAGGUUUGCCUGCAUGGCUACUGGAGAAGGAAUCUAUUGUUCUCAGGUCUUCUGAUCCAGAUUACCUGGCAGCUGUAGGGAAGUGGAUGAGCGUGCUUUUGCCGAAGAUGAAGCCUCACCUCUAUCAAAAUGGAGGUCCAAUCAUCAUGGUGCAGGUAGAGAAUGAGUAUGGAAGCUACUUCGCUUGUGACUAUGACUAUCUGCGUUCCCUUCAGAAGCUCUUCCGCCAGCAUCUUGGGGAUGAGGUAGUGCUGUUCACAACUGAUGGUGCAAGCAAGUUGUACUUGAGAUGUGGAGCUCUUCAGGGUCUUUAUGCAACAGUGGACUUUGCCCCAGGUGGCAAUGUCACAGCAGCAUUCUUAGCUCAAAGAGGCAGUGAACCUACAGGCCCUUUGGUUAAUUCUGAGUUUUAUACUGGAUGGUUGGAUCACUGGGGGCACCGUCAUUCUGUUGUGCCCGCGCAAACAAUAGCUAAAACCCUUAUUGAAAUCCUGGCACGUGGUGCUAACGUUAACCUGUACAUGUUUAUAGGUGGGACUAACUUUGGCUAUUGGAACGGUGCUAAUAUGCCCUAUAUGCCACAGCCCACUAGUUAUGACUAUGAUGCUCCACUGAGUGAAGCAGGGGAUCUCACAGAAAAAUACUUUGUCUUGCGGAAAGUCAUUGGUAUGUAUAAGCAGUUACCAGAAGGCCUUAUCCCUCCAACAACACCCAAAUUUGCAUACGGGAAGAUUCGCUUGCAGAAGGUGGGUACUGUGGUGGAGGUUCUUGACAAACUGUCACCUGCUGGACCAGUAAAAAGCACUUACCCUUUAACCUUUGUUCAGCUAAAGCAGGUUCCUCAGGGUGUCCUUGAAAGGGGCGAAUCGCUUACAAUAAAUAUAACUGGAAAGGCUGGAGCAAAUCUGGACAUCUUGGUAGAGAACAUGGGCCGAGUCAACUUUGGUCGAUACAAUAAUGACUUUAAGGGUUUAGUUUCAAAUUUAACUCUUGGUCAAGAUAUACUUGUUGAAUGGGAAAUCUAUCCUCUAGAUAUAGAUGGAGCAGUGAAGCAUGACAUUAAUGGCCAGCCUGAGCAACUACAGAGAUCUGUUGGUAAUCCAUCGAGUUAUGAAGCGCCCACGUUUUACACUGGUAGACUUUCAGUCCCUAGUGGGAUUCCAGACUUGCCUCAAGACACCUACAUCAAGUUUCCUGGCUGGACAAAGGGGCAAAUUUGGAUUAACGGCUUUAAUCUCGGUCGCUACUGGCCGGCCCGUGGUCCUCAGUUGACCCUUUUUGUUCCAAGCAAUAUCCUUGUUUCUUCGGUGCCAAACAAUAUAACGGUAUUGGAGCUGGAGAGUUCACCUUGCAGCACCCAGAUGUGCGAGAUAGAGUUUGUAGAUAAACCUGAUAUCAAUGCAACCACACAAUAUGAAAACGAUGCCUCUCCACUCUUUGUGAGGGACACAUGGUUGAAUCAUCUAUAA